AGAAACUACUCACAAGCCAAAGACCAAAGUAACUAAAAAGUUUACAAGUCCAUCAAACUGUUCUUUUACUUCUCAAACACUCAAGAAAACUUUUCAGUUAUCUUCUAUAACCUACCCCAAUACUUUUUCUUUGCUCAAAAUGGCCCCUGAGAUUUCCGUAAACCCGAUGUAUUUAUCCGAAAAGGCGCAUCAAGCACCUCCAAGGAGAGCUUAUGUGACGUUUUUGGCAGGAAAUGGAGACUACGUGAAGGGAGUGGUGGGACUAGCAAAGGGUUUGCGUAAGGUCAAAAGUGCGUAUCCUCUUGUUGUUGCUAUGUUACCUGAUGUGCCUGAGGAACAUAGAGAGAUCUUGAGGUCUCAAGGCUGUGUCGUGCGUGAGAUCGAACCUGUUUAUCCUCCAGACAACCAAGUUGAGUUUGCCAUGGCUUAUUACGUUCUCAACUACUCAAAACUUCGUAUUUGGAACUUUGAAGAGUACAGCAAGAUGAUAUACCUUGACGCAGAUAUUCAAGUCUUUGACAAUAUCGAUCACCUCUUUGAUUUGUCUGAUGCAUAUUUCUAUGCCGUGAUGGACUGUUUCUGUGAGAAAACAUGGAGCCACUCGCUGCAGUAUUCAAUUGGGUAUUGUCAACAGUGCCCGGAGAAGGUCACGUGGCCAGAAGAUAUGGAAUCUCCACCUCCUCCUCUGUAUUUCAACGCCGGUAUGUUUGUGUUUGAGCCUAGUCCUUUGACUUAUGAGAGUCUCCUUCAGACCCUGGAGAUCACACCACCUUCACCGUUUGCAGAACAAGAUUUUCUCAAUAUGUUCUUUGAGAAAGUGUACAAACCGAUCCCUUUGGUAUACAAUCUGGUUUUGGCUAUGCUUUGGCGUCACCCGGAGAACGUGGAGCUGGAGAAAGUCAAAGUUGUUCACUACUGUGCAGCUGGAUCCAAGCCAUGGAGAUACACAGGAGAAGAAGCUAACAUGGACAGAGAAGACAUCAAGAUGUUAGUUGAUAAAUGGUGGGAUGUCUAUAAUGAUGAAUCUCUCGAUUUCAAAUCGAAAAUCCCUGCAGAUGCGGAAGAAACCGUUACAAAAUCAAGCAUCCUAGCUUCCGUUCUUGAACCAGAAAUGACCUACUUUCCUGCUCCUUCUGCUGCUUGAGAUAUCUUGCAGGGAAGUCACAAGACUUGGUGUGUUCCUCUAUCUGUUUUCUUUUGAUAUAUGUAUACAUAGUUUGAAAUAGUAUUAACCAGAAAAUAGAAACCUUGGUGAGUUUUUUCUCGACCCGAGAGGUUUUCAAAUAGUAUUGCUAAAGUGUGUAAGUGUUAAAGUACUAAGGAAAUGAAGUGUUUGUAUUGCUAUAUUUA